ACUCAAUCUCACAUUCAUUUUCCAACCGCCAAUAUUCCCAUGGCGGCCAAUCUGGUCUCCUCAACGCCGCUGGGCGUUUAUCCUGGCAGGUUCUCGCGCACGGCUGAUUUAUGUCCCUCAGUCCCCUCACAUUCCUUCCCCGCAUCCGUGCUGAAUACAAAUCGACGUCUGUUGAAGGUCGAAUCUCGUGCCGCUCAGGAAGGGCCAGGAUUCUCCGACCACUCACGAUCCGACGGACUUGGGCGGUUUGGCGCGCGCGGGGGUCGAGACGGGGGCGAUGAGACCAGGGGCAGUCCCCGGAGGGGAGGGGGAGCGGAAAGAGGCGAGUAUGCGGAGGAGAUAACGCCAGGCGUUUCAAACAAGACAUGGGGUAGAAACGGCGCUGAUUAUAGCGAGGACAAUUACAAUGGCGAGGCAUGGAAUCGGCGUGGAGGGGAAAGUUAUUUUACUCAUGGAACGCGGAGCUCUGGUGGCAGUCGAGAGCGUGCUUAUGACGGGGGAUGGCGAUCGGACGACGAUAAGCCGCCACGGACGCUUUUGGACGUCCCGGACCGCGUUCGGAGGGGAUUAGAGACAUCUCAGUCGCCAGAUUACAAUCGACGGGGGCGCGGCGGUGUCAGUCCGCGUGACGAUGCCGUACCGUACGACUCCAGACCGUACGGAUCGAAGCCGUACGGUUCGGGACCGUACGAAGGGCGGUCGUACGACGGGCGAUCGAACGGCGGAGGGCGGUACGAUUCCAGCGGGAGUGACGGGGAGCGCAGGUGGGCGCAGCGGGGCGAGCGGGGAGAACGGGGAGAACGUGGGGAGCGGGCCGAACGGGGGGAGUGGGCGGGUCGCGAGUGGCGCGAGUGGCGCGACGAUGGCGAAGUUUCAAGGAAAGAAGGGGGCAAGGCUGAAGAGUUCACGUGGGUUAGAGGCUCCGGAAAAGAGAAGGCGGAGGAGGAAGAAGAAGGCGGCGGGGUUUUGGGUUUGGACGUGGAGGAGGAGGAAGAUGAGGACCAAGGGGCCGACGAGGGGCAAGGGAGUGAGGGCUUUUGGGGAGGCGAGGAGGCGGAGGAGGCGGAGGAGGCGGAGGAGACCGAGAACAGCUGGAAAGACAGUGCUGCCAGAGAGAAACGGGCAGAUGAAAGUCUUGGCCUGCUUCCGCGGGCAGCUGCGGCAGAAAGCUCAGUGGCGGAGGGUUUUGUCGUGGGUAGCACACAACCGGAAGCCAGCACGAGGGGAUUGCGCGGGGAGUUGCGGAGGGAUUUAAAGGAGGGUUUAAGGGAGGGUUUGGGCGGGCUUCAGGAGGAGGCGGGCGGGGAGGAGUGGCGGAGGCGGAAGGUGGGGUGGCUUGCGCGCGAGGUGGGCGCGGUGGUACCGAGCGCGCUGGUGCGGAUGCUGAAUGGGCAGCGGCAGUGGAUGCGCAUGGGGGACCUCAACGCUGUAGUGGCGAGCCUUAUAGCGAGGAAAGAGGUCGUCAGGGGCAUACGGGUCUUCCAGUGGGCGCUACAUGCGCCCUUCUUCUCCCCCUCCGCCUCCCCCCCUCUCCUCUCCGCCCUCCUGCUGUCCGCCGCCGCCCAGGGGAAGACCCGCCACAUCCUCCCCCUGCUCUCCUCCGCGCUCCCCCAGGGUGUUUUCCCGUCUCGCCCCGCUUUUGAGGGGGUGAUCCGGUCUUUGCUCCUUGCCGCGAAACGGGCGGAGGAGUGGAAAUGGGACGGGGGAGGUAGCAAAGGGGGGCGUGGGGGGAAGGGCAAGGGGAAAGGGGGAAGGGGAGGAGAAGGCGGAGUGGGGGAGGAGGGGGAGAGGGGGGCAAGAGGCAGGGGGAAGAGGAUGAGAGAGGAGGUGGAGAGACUAGAGGAGAGUGCAUGGGAGGUGUAUGGAACGAUGACUGGCAUGGGAGGGAAAACAGAGAGCAGCGCCAUGGCAACUGACUCAACCCUCAAUUUGCCAUCAGGGGAAGCAACCCAAGCAGCACUGCCAGGGGAAAUUUACCCCUCCUCUCCCCAAUCCCCCAAACCUUUAUCUGACUCUACAUCUUCCCCCCCAUCCUCCCAACUUCUCUACGAGCUCUUUGAAGUUUUCAGCCGCCCGUCCGCCAGAGGCCGCCACGUCAGCAAGCUAGAGCACCUACUUGAAGACCUAGGUUCCCUCGGCGCCCCAGUCACUCCCCUAAUGCUCUCCCGCUUGGCCCAGCAGCUGGCCUGCUUGGGAGAUAUCGACAAAGUUGACGCACUUUUAGUUCAGAUGCGCUUAGCUAAGCUCCCAAUCCCCGCUCCUGCCCUCGAAUCCGCGGUGAUUGCUUGUGCCCGGGCGUACCACUCGCAUGGACCGCUCGGGCAGCAGGACAAUUUUGUCACGGGCAGGGGGGAAGUUUUUGGCGUGCUGACCGGGCUGCCCGAGCGGGCAGCGCAGGGAGUAAAAGAGGUGGAAGAGGCAGGUUUCCGGCCUAGUCAGGAGGUACUAGUUGCUCUAAUGGAAGUGCUUAGCAAAGCGCAGCGGCACAGAGAAGCAGUGAGCGUUUGGCCGAAGGUGGUUGACGCAGCAGAGGCUGCCGCUGCAGCUGGUUCGGCGGAGAGGUUCAGCGCCGGAGCAGACAGACAGGCUCGGCCGAGCCUGCGGGCAUACAACGUGUAUGUGGAAGCAUUGAGUGGGGCUGGGGAGGUGGCAGCAGCAGAGAGGGUGGUGAGGGAGAUGGGGGAGCGGGGCAUGGGGCCGCUUACCAAGGGGUACAAUGCGGUGCUGAGGAUGCACGUGAGGCGGGGCGUGGCUGGUGAGGCAGAUGGGGCAGAAUCGCCAGCAGGAGGAGCAGGAGGAGCAGGAGAAGGAGCAGGAGCAGUGGUGGUGGCAGUGGCAGCAGUAUCAGCAUCAGUGCUACCUGCAACAGCAGCAGCACCACCAGCAGCAGCAGCAGCAGCAGCAAGGGACGCAGCAGUGCGCCUAUUCUCCGAGAUGGCGUCGUUCGGCUGCCCUGCGAGCGUUGAGGCGUGCAACCUAAGGCUGCACACGCACCUCCUGGCGCACGACUGGAAAGGUGCGUGGGAGCUGUACGGGGGGAUGCAGGGCGUGAGAGAGUGGAGGAUGAGAGGAGGAGGAGAGGGCGGGAGGAGAGGAGGAGGAGAGGGCGGGAGGAGAGGAGGAGGAGAGGGCGGGAUGAAGGGUGGGACAGAGGGAGGGAGGAAAGGUGGGAGGGAGAUGAAGCGCGGAGUGAGAGGAGGGAGGGAGGAGAGAGAGGCGCCGAGGGGGACAGGGGUAGAUGGGCGAGGAAGGGAGGGAGGAGAGUGGGAGAUGGGAGGUGAGGGUUGGGAGAGGCAUGGGUGGACGAGGAGGGGGGGGAGGGGGGCGACUGAGGAAUGGGGGUCUGAGGAGGAGGAAGAAGAGGAAGAGGAGGAAGAAAGCGAGGAGGACAGAGAGGGAGAGGAGGGGGAGGAUGAGGAUGAGCAUGAGGAUUUAACAGCGAAGGCAACGGAGGCGAGGCUACUACUACCUGCACUGAGUCCUCCGAAUCAGCGCACCUAUGAUCUGCUGCUGCUGGCACUGGGCCAGGCAGGGGAUGUGAGGGGCCUGGAGCGAGUGUAUGAAGCCAUGCUGCAAGAGGGGGUGCGAGGUGUGGUGAGGGGGGGAGAAGCGGAGGGAGAGGAGAGCGAGGAAGAAGAUGAUGAGAGUGAAGAGGUCGAGGAGAGUCAAGGGGACGAGGAGGCAGGAAGUAAGAGGGGAGGUGGAAGGGUGAGAGGGGAGGAGGGGAGUGAGAGGGAGAGUGGGGGAGCGGGGAGAGCGAGGAGGUUCAGCUUGCAGGGGGGAGUGAGGGAGGUGGUGGAGGGGUUGCUAGGAGGGGACAGAGUGAGACGGGACGAGGCGUGGGCUGCUGCUGUGGCGGCGCGGGGAGGAGGAGCAGGAGGAGCCGGAGGAGCCGGAGCAGGAGGAAGCCGAGGAUGGGAGACGGCACUACCAGGGGACGGGGAUGUGGCGAUGGGGAUGGGCAUGGGGUUGAGGUUGUCCAGGGAGCAGCGGCAGGUGCUGGUGGGAGCAUUACUGGGGGGAGCGGAGGUGGAGAGUGCGGAUGGGGGGGUGACGCAUUCGGUGCGCUUCUCCCAGCCAAUCAGAGCGGGCGAGGAGUGGCGCCUGCUGGUGCUGGACUCCCUGUACGAGCUGUUUCUGCCCUGGGUGGCCGCUCCCCCUGUGGAUGUGACUGUAGGGGAUGUGACUGUAGGGGGGAAAGAGGCAAGGGGUGGUGAGGUAGGUGUGACUGUAGGGGGGGAGGAGGGUGAGGGGGAAGGUGUGGGUAAAGGUGGGGACGGUGGAGGGGACAGGGAAGUGAUUGAGGGUAGAGAGGCAGAAGGUGCAUCAGCGCUGCACACUGCUCCCUUUCAGCUGCGCACCUUUGCCACCAUCGCGCAUCCAUCGCUGCAGUUCUACGCUCGGCAGUUCCGCUCCCUAGUGGGUUCGAGGGACAUGGCUGGCAAACAGGGCGGCGGGCAGGCGGUGAUUCCUCGUCUUAUUCACCGCUGGCUGUCACCAAGAGGCAUGGCAGCGUGGUUUAUGUAUAAUGGAUGGGCUAUUACAGGGGAUGGAGGAGCUGGAGGGAGAGGAGGGGGAGAGGGAGGGGGGGAGGGGGCAGGGGUGGAGAAGACCAGUGAAAAGGUGAAGAAAUCUGGUGAGAACAAGGGUGAUGGUUAUAGCUUGGUUUUUGGAGCUGAGGGGUAUUCUGCCAAGGAGGUGGCACUAGUGGUAGCGGUGGUAGGAGCGAGAGUGGAAGACUGUGCAUGGAAGAAGGGAGCACGGGGAGAGAAGAAUGCUAUGAGAUUCAGUGGGCGGUCUGCACAAGUCCUCUGGCGUGCCAUGGAGCCGUAUAUGGUGGAGGGAGCAAGGGAUGCACUCGGUCCUCAAUGAAACUGGUUGUGGAUGAGUGAAAGCCUCGGUCUUGAAGAGAAGAAGCUGUGAAUCGCUGAAAGUGACAAUCAGGAAUGCUGGAAUGGAGAGCCAGGUGUGCGUUGUCGGAGAAAUCAAUCAGGUGGACAUACUAGUAUCGGUUAAGGUUUCUUCUUUAGUGGAUGAAUACUUCUCUUUUAUGUGCAAGGUUUGUCUAGAGCUUCUCCAGUCAGCGAAAUUGACGAGCG